UGUGGGCGGGGUCGGCUGGUAUUUCAGAAGUUGCUGCUCCAUAAAGUCCUGUCUUGUUCAUCUCGAAUUGUCACGCAGACAGUGAUAGCGGCUCCACCUUCGGCUCGUGUUUACCGUUCACUUCACCAAUGGCACCAGAAAAAACAGAGCCCCCCUGUACCAAGGAUGGGAGCUUGCAGGGCAGUGCGCUUCUGCGGCUCCUCAACCUGCCGGUGAUCAGCUCCACCUGCGACAUGGUGGAGAGGACCUACAGCAGCACCAAGCACACCCACCCGCUCAUCUGCUCCGUGUGCGGGGUGUACGAGAGGGGCGCCAAGACCGCCGGGAGCCUGGCCGUGUGGAGCGUGAAGCCGGCCAUCCAUCGCCUGGAGCCUCAGAUUGAAGCUGUCAACAACCUGGCCUGUAGAGGACUGGAUCGACUUGAGAAAAAGAUCCCGGCUCUGCAGUACCCCCCUGAGAAGUUGGCUUCGGACAUCAGUGAGGCCUUUGCCCUCGCCGUGCAGUCAGCCAGGCAGGGCAUCGCCGGGACCUUCAGCAGCACCUCGGACGCAGCUCUCGGCUUGGCCGGCGGCGGCUACCAGCUGACCUGGAGCACGGUGAGCGACGGCGUGAGCUACGUGAUGAACAGCAGGCCCGUCCUCCUGGCCACCGAGGGGGCAGACACCGCCCUCACCCUCACCGAGCAUCUGGUCAACUACAUCCUCCCUGCGACCGACGAGGAGAUGGAGGAGGAAGCUCCGUGGGAGGAGGGCGCUGACGGGGAGGACCCUGCCUCUCAGCCCGGGUACAGGAGGCUGGGCACCCUGGCCAGCACCGUGUGCCGACGGGCCUACAGCCACACCGCCAGCCGGCUGCGCCGCACCGGGACCCGGGGCCGACAGCUGGUCAUGGGCGUGCCGGGCGUGACUCCGCUGACAGCCAUUGCCGCAAAGAACCUGGAGAUGGCGGGAGGCGUCGUCCUGGGGCUGCAGAGCACUGUGGAGGGGCUUUUUGGGGGCACAGACAAGCAGACUGAGAAGGAGAGGAGGAAGAAGAAGGAGGGGGAGGUGCUGAAGAGUGGGGGGUUGCGGGGUCUGGUCAGUGGGCUGGGGCAGCAGAUGCAGAGUGCCUGUGUGUCGGUGGUGUCUGUCGUGAAGAACGCCCCCUCCGCCACCCUCGGCCGGGCUAAGGAUGGCACCGGUGCCCUGCUGGAGACCCUGGGCAUCGCCCGGCAGCACGUGCUGGAGACCGCCUCUCAUUACGGCCUGCUUCCUGGGUCGUCCCCUGAGGGCGGAGCCAAUGGUGCCUGCACCGCCAUCAAGGAAGAGGAGGAGGAAGAGGAAGCACUGAAUCCAUCUGAGAACAGUGAGAGGGAUCAGAGCCCGACCCCCGCUGACUCUGGGAUUUCCCAGACCUCAGACGUGGCCCAGAGUCUGCAGCAGAAGGUUCUGGAAUGAAUCCCGAUCCGGCAGAGGGCCCGGCAGAAGGGCCCCAAGCAGGCGUCACUGUCGUCAUGAGCUGUGCACUGUCGUCAUAAGGUCCCGCACCCCCACCAAAAAAACAAAUACGGCAAACCCACCCCAUGCCCCCCCCCCUUCUCUCACUCUUCUCUACACGUGCACACCAGCCCCAGCCAAUAAACACUGAGUUUAUGCACCUGUCAUCUUUUUUGAGAGAGUAUUCAUCCUAUUCACUUUUGAGUGGCAAAACCUUUAUAUUCUGGCUCCGUCACAAUCAGCAAACCCACCCAUCCUCCACCCACCCCCCUCCCUUCCAAACUUUUUAGCUGCUGCCAUCUUGCCAAUGGUUCCUGCUGAUGUAUCUAUGUUAGCAAACGGAGGAAAAACUGCAUCUAUGUUUGAGCCUCUCACUUAAUUUUCUGAAAAGGACUAUAUCUCCUUCAUAUUGCCAUAUAAUUCUUGUGGAUGUUUUUUUGCUGUCAAUGCAGCAUGCUAAAAGAGAUUUAUGAAUGUUGAAAAACAUGACAGCGAGCUUUAUGUUGGAAGGGAUCUGUGUAUACGCGGUGGCAGUAAACCUUAGGGGAAGGCCAGCUUCUGUGGCCUAUGACUGAUCUGUGUAUACGUCCUGUGCUGCCACUGCUACUGUGUGUUCCAGCUUUGUUUUGAACAGUGAGCGUCUGAAGGACUCCAAUCCUAAGAGGUGAGGAGAGGAGGGAGAAAAAUGUGAUGGGUAAAGCAAAGUAUGAAAGAAAAGCAGGAAAACUAUUUAGAAGACUUCUUACAACAGUAACUUUAGACGUCCCUUUUCGGUCAGUCCAAAAUGCCUUCAGUCUCACCCUGAGAGGAUUCAUAUGGAAGGUUCCAUCAAGGAGAAGGAAGGUUCAUGUUAUGGCCAAUCUGCAACAAACUGGGAUUAUGACAAUAUCAGUUCAGACAAAAACGUUAGCUGCAGAGAGGCAGUUGUAUCUAAGAAAGCACUCGUAGUGUUUGAUGGUUUAGUUCACUAAUUUCACUUUACAACAUUUUUCCUGAAGUAUGAAAAUGCUGUCAUGGUUUGCAUAGGAAUGAUUUUACCAAAUUCACUUUAAAACUAUGGCUGACAGUCGGCUUUCACAUGAUUUCAUCACUGUGUGUGAUGCUUAUGAACAGGAAUAGUGAAGUUUUAUGGAAGCAUGUGAAGUCCUGUUCACCCUGCUUCUGUGUCUGGGUAAUCAAUGUCAUUUAAAUAGAUUGAUUCACUCCAAACAAAUGCACGCACACUCUUAGCUAAUCCUCUGUCUGCACAUGCUUCUCUAGUUAUUAUACAAGAGAAAAAGUUUGUGUCUUGGAAAAUAUCUCUUGCUCAAUUGUCUUUAUGAGAUUUCCCCCCUAGUCCUCUUUCAGGAAAGACUUUUUAAAAUUUUGCAUUUUAAACACAGCAUGUACACAGGAGCCCCCCCUCCCACCUCCACCCCCCAACGAGAAAUGUUCUUCUUUUCUCCUCGAUCUCUUUAUUCUUUUGCCCUGUUGAUAUCAUCAAAGGAAACUCAGCAAAAACCACAAGAACAUUCCGUUUGAAUCAGGAAGGGUUCCAGCGUCGGACCCGUGAAAUCUUCCUUGUGGGAGUUGGAAGUGUACAGCCCUGAUGAAAUCAAGACAUGGAUGUGUUCUGCAGUGCUCACUGCGUAUUGAUUUUUCAUUUUAAGUCCCUGCGCUGCCUUUUAAGUCCAGAAACCAAAUUUUGUACGUAGUAAGAUAUAUCCAGCAAACAGAUCUGAAUUAUGCUAUAUUUAGAAAAUAAUUCUUAGAACUGCAUGUUGAAUCUAUUAAUAAUUUAGGAAAUGAGACAUGUUUUCUUUGGUAUUGGCUGGAUUCUGUCUGCAAACAUUGAAUUAUGUGGUUUGCAUAUUUUCUGUGUUUACUUUCCUUAUUACAGUCUCAGCAUGGCAACGUAAAUACAAUAAAAGAAUAUAAUUGCA